UUGUUAUUCGGAGCUGGAAUUGUUUCUCGUAAACUUGAAGUUCGAGAUUGUUUUCCUGUGGCGACCUGUUAUAUGAGUAGUCGAAGUCUGCAGUUUCUGCUAGUGUGCACACUAACUCUUUUAACAUGUGCAGAUACUGCAGUGAAAGUCAGCACUAAGCAUGGUUCCAUCACUGGUUUCAAAUAUACAACUACGCAAAAAAAGGAUGUUGACGUGUUCUUGAACAUACCAUUCGCAAAACCGCCAGUUGGAAAUUUGAGGCUUGAGAAACCAGAGCCUAUUGAUAAUUGGGGAGAGAGAGAUGGAACCAAAUUUGGUUUCGACUGUAUUCCACAUUUCGUUAAUGCCUCAGUUUUCCCAUCAAACGAAGAUUGUUUGACAUUAAAUGUGAUAAGACCAACCACAACGCCUCCUUCCGAUGGUUUCCCAGUACUCUUUAGUAUACAUGGAGGAGGUUAUGAAGUUGGGUCGGCUAGUAUAUAUGGAUAUAAGGGUUUUGCUGAUUUAUAUGUACAACAAGAUGUCAUUGUCGUAACUACUCAAUACAGAAUUGGAUUCUUAGGCUUCCUUUCUCUUGAAAAUGAUGAUGAAAUUAUCGAAAACCUCGGACUCUGGGACUUAGCCUUAUCUCUCAAAUUUGUACAUGAUAAUAUAAAAAGUUUUGGUGGUAAUCCUGAAAAAAUCACUGUUUUUGGCUACAGUGCAGGUUCUGCUGCUGCUGGUCAACUGUCUCUCAGUCCUCACUCCAGAGAUUAUGUGUACUCUGCCGUAGAAAUGUCGGGAAGCCCAUUUGCUUCUUGGGCGUUAGGUCAUCGUGUUCCAGAGGCUUCACUUGAACUUGUCAAAGAAUUGGGAUGUGAGAAGAACACGAAAACUUGUUUAAAAAACAAAAGCGUUUCUGAAAUGCACAAGGCUGUUUUGGCUGUUGGUUUCACACGAGAAGAUCUUUCCCUCAUCAAGUGGGGUCCUACUAUUGAUGGUGAUUUCUUCCCUGCCCCUCCCUCAGAGUUAAUUAAACAAGGACGACCAGUUCCAUCUUUAUUGGGAAUCUCAAACAAAGAUGCUGGCUUCUUCAAUCUUCUUGGGAAGUCUCGGUACAUUCAUGAAUACUAUCCUGGGGUUGAAGGCAUUCGAACCUUUGGACCAGACUCUCUUGAUAAAUACCUAGAGAGAUUCAUUCGAGAGAAAGACUUCGGUCCCAACAGAGAUAGAGUGAUGUAUGAUAUCAAAAAGUAUUUUAUCGACUCUUACGAUGGAGUGAAGGACAGAGGAUUCUAUUUGGACAAGUUAACUCAGAUAUUAAACUCUUUGUGUUUCUCAUCUCCCGCAGCAGAAGAACUUUCGCAGAAAACUGCUGCCGGUUGGCCAGCGUAUGCUUAUUCCUUCGAUCAUUACAACCCUGUAGUGUUUGAAGGGCAUGAUAUUCCGGAGUCUGCAAGAGGUUCUGUUCACGCUUCUGAAUUCGCAUACAUCUAUAACCUUCCGAUUCUUGGUAAAUUCGAGAUGGAGGAUGAUGAGAAGAUUGUUCAAAAUCUGAUAGUUGACCUCAUAUUAGCAAUGACUAAAACAGGGAAACCUACCGAAUAUUUCAUUCCCGCUGGUGAUACUAACACUUACCUGUCUAUUACUCCUAAGCCUGAUUUCAAACCAAGUUUCUAUGGCGAUGAAUGGAAUUUUUGGAAAAGAUUGAAUGUUACUUAUGGCUAUGAUUUGAUCAGCUUGCCUGCCUCUCCCGCAGUUCAUAUGAAACUACAUGAGGAACUCUAA